AUGCCGCGACUCUUCAACGGGCUCUGGCAGCUCUCGUCACCGGCUUGGGGCUCAGCGACCACUCAGAAGCAAGAAAAAGCACUUGCUCACCUUGUUGAGAACGGUCUGACUGCAGCCGAUAUGGCAGAUCACUACGGCGAUGCUGAGCUAGUAUAUGGCGAUUUCCGCAACAAGCUGGCUACGGAAAUCCAGUCCCAAGUCUUCGCAGCUACCAAAUGGUGCGUUUUCACACCACUCAAGAGCCCUCCCACAACCGAAUGGGUCCUCAAUGCUGUCAGAGAGCGUUGCCGGAGACUGGGCGGAAGAGUGGAACUUUUGCAGUUCCACUGGUACGACUACACGCACAAGGAGUACCUGGAUAUCCUAGUCGAGCUGGUUGGAAUCACAAAGUCUCACCCUGAACUGGUCUCGGCUAUUGGAUUAUGCAAUUUCGACUCCGAGUACACACAGGAGGCCUGUGAGUAUCUUUUGAGUAAGACUGGCUCAGUCGGCAUCGUCUCGAACCAAGUUCAGUUCUCCUUGUUUGACUCAAGGCCCCUCCAAAAGAUGUGCGCCGUAUGUGAAAGGUACAACCUGAAACUGCUAACUUAUGGCUCUUUUUGCGGCGGAUUCCUAUCCCAGAAGUGGCUCGGUCAACCAGUUCCAAAUAUUUACUCGGAAGCAACGCCACUGACUCCCUCACAACGAAAGUAUUUUGACAUGAUCAACAACUGGGGCGCAUGGGUAGACUUUCAGAAUCUCCUCUCUGUGCUCUCAUCCGUAGCCGAGAAAUACAAUGUGAGCCUGACCAAUGUGGCAACUCGAUGGGUCCUGGAUCAACCCUCAGUGGGAGCGGUCAUUGUGGGAACCCGGCUUGGGGUCUCAUUCCACGGUGAUGAGAACUUGGCCGUGUUCGGUUUUAAGCUAAGCGAGACUGACUUGGCCGUGAUCAAUCAUGUAGCCCUGGGCGAAAAUGGCCAAAGGUCCUUGGCGUUGUUCGAAAAAUUGGGAGACUGUGGCCACGAGUACCGGGGAAUGCACUAG